AUGGUUGAUGAUGGUUGGCAUGAAUUUGUUGAGUAUAAUUCAAUCCGCUAUGGGUAUUUUGUGAUCUUUCGAUAUGAAAAAAAUUCCACUUUCCAUGUUAUUAUAUUUGAUAAUAGUGCUUGCGAGGUUGACUAUCCAAGUUAUGUUCUAAGUAAUGAUGAGGAGCUCACUGAUGGUGAGAGUGAGAAACACUCAAUUCACCAAGAUAGUGAAACAGAAGAGGUCGAUGCAUCUGAGCUUUUAGGUGUCAAAACUCUGAAUUUGGAUGAAAAGGCAAACCGAGAAGCUAUUAGCAGAAAGCAGGAUGCAUCAUCUCAGCAGCGUUUGGUCAGAAAGCCUCAAGGAGUUGCUGCUUCACACAAGAAUUCUGAAGUCAAACAGGCCAAAGUGACUGGAGUCAGAAGAUAUUACUGCCUAGCAAGAGUCACCUGA